UCAUCUCUCUUUCCUCUCUCUCUCUCUCUCUCUCUCAAUAUGACAAUGGAAUUGAAGGUCGAAGUUGUCGCCAAAGAAACCAUCAGACUGUCGUCACCGACACCAGACCACCUGAAGAAUUUCAAGCUCUCCGUCUUCGACCAACUCGCUCCCAUCCUCUACACCUCCGUCCUCUUCUUCUACACCUCGAACACAAACGCUUCGUCUCACCACCGAUCGAGUUGUCUCAAGUCGUCGCUGUCGGACGUGCUCACUCGCUUCUACCCCCUCGCCGGAAGGAUUAGGGACAAUCUUUCUGUCGACUGUGAAGACGGUGGUGCCGAGUUCGUUGACGCCAAAGUCAACUGCCCUCUCUCCCACAUCCUUGACCGCCCCUGCCCAGUCUCGCUGCGUAAGCUCCUCCCGAUCGACACGGAGUCCCCAGAGGCCUCCACGGGCCGCCUCUUGCUCGUCCAGGCCAAUGCCUUUGGCUGUGGUGGCCUCGCCGUUGGGGUCUGCGUUUCCCACAAGAUCGCUGAUGCCUCCACUCUUAGCACCUUCAUCAAGGCAUGGUCUGCCGCUGCCCUCCUCAGCGAUGUCAACGUUGGUAUUGAAAUCCCGCCACUUGACACGGCAUCAGCGCGGUUCCCACCUUUGGUAGAAUUGGCUGCCAUUUUGCCCACAGUGGUGCUCCCGAAGGCGAGGUGUGUGACAAGGAGGUACGUGCUCGACCCAGCAAAGAUCACCCCGCUUGCUGCCAGUGAGGCUGUGCCAGACCCGACCCAGGUGGAGGCUGUGGUGGCCCUUGUGUGGAGGUGUGUAGCCCGCGCUUCAAGGAAGAAUGACCCCGGGCGGCGAUCACUGCUUUCCCAAGCAGUGAACCUCCGGGGGCGGCUCCCAGAGCCACUUCCAGAGACCACGAUCGGGAACUUCGUCGGGGGCUUCACGGUGGAGAUGCCGCCCCAAGCAGAGGAGAGGGAAAUGGAGCUGAAGAAGUUGGUGAGCGACAUGAGGGAGGCGAAGAGGGAGUACUUCGAUAACUACACACCAAGGCUGAGCGGUCUCGUAGUGGGCUGCAUGGCGGUAGUCGAGGCUGCUGCCAAAUUCGGCGCGCUGAUCAACAGCGGAGACGUCGACUUCUACAACUGCAGCAGCUGGUGUGGCUUCGGGCUCUACGAGGCCGCUGACUUUGGGUGGGGGAGGCCGGCAUGGAUCAGCUUCGCGGGCGUGGAGUACAAGAACAGCAUUGUCCUGGUGGACGCGAGGGACGGUGGCACGAUUGAGGCCUGGCUGACGCUGAGCCAAGAAGACAUGCACGUGCUCGACGCGGAUGAGGAGCUGCUCCGGUUUGCUUCCGUGAACCCCAGCGUCUCCGGCUCGUGAAUUGCGUGAGAAUUUUUAUUGCUCGAGUGCGUAAAAACUGGAGUGGAUAAUCAUAGGCUCGUCCUGUAUUGACAGGGGACGUCACGAGAUAGAUCCGGGGACUGAAAUUUGAUGCAUAUUUGAACGAGAUAGAUCUGGCGAAUAAAAUUGAUACACAAGCUAGAACGAGCUUAAUUAAUAUGUACUUUUGGCAUAGACUUAUGGUUUAUAGAUAUCACAGGAUAAAUCGAUCGUGUUUCUAGUUUAUUCCUUCGGUUGUCUUGUGCAUAUGCAUA